AUGUCCCGCGUCGCUGGCAUCGUGUGCGCCGCCUCCUUGGCCCUGUAUGGUGCCAGCUGCUUCAUCGUGCCUGCCACCACGCCUAAGGGUGCACCUCAGACGGAGGCGGGUGCUGUGUUGGGGCAGCCAAGCGCCAUCAGCAGCGCUGCUGAGUCAGCCUCCUGGAGCCCGCUUGCUGUCGGCGCAGCCCUGGGGCUCUUGAUGGCAGUGGCCACUGGCCGGCCUGCCCUGGCUGCGGACCUGGAGAAUGGUGAGGCCAUCUUCAACGGCAACUGCACUGCCUGCCACGCCAACGGCAACAACUCCAUUGUGGCAGAGAAGAAGCUGAAGAAGGAAGCUUUGGUCCAGUACGGCAAGUACGACGUCCAGGCCAUCAUGAGCCAGGUGACCAACGGCAACGGCGCAAUGCCUGCUUUCGGCGACAAGCUGGGACCUGAUGACAUCGAGGACGUGGCCAACUACGUCUACAGCAAGGCUGACAAGUGGCUCGAGAAGUUCCAUGACGUCAUGGGUCCGCUGAGCAAAACUCUCCUCUUUGCGUUUUGGCUGUGGCCAGUGACACUUUGUAGCCUCCGCGUCAACACAAAGGCAGACAUGUCCCGCGUCGCUGGCAUCGUGUGCGCCGCCUCCUUGGCCCUGUAUGGUGCCAGCUGCUUCAUCGUGCCUGCCACCACGCCUAAGGGUGCACCUCAGACGGAGGCGGGUGCUGUGUUGGGGCAGCCAAGCGCCAUCAGCAGCGCUGCUGAGUCAGCCUCCUGGAGCCCGCUUGCUGUCGGCGCAGCCCUGGGGCUCUUGAUGGCAGUGGCCACUGGCCGGCCUGCCCUGGCUGCGGACCUGGAGAAUGGUGAGGCCAUCUUCAACGGCAACUGCACUGCCUGCCACGCCAACGGCAACAACUCCAUUGUGGCAGAGAAGAAGCUGAAGAAGGAAGCUUUGGUCCAGUACGGCAAGUACGACGUCCAGGCCAUCAUGAGCCAGGUGACCAACGGCAACGGCGCAAUGCCUGCCUUCGGCGACAAGCUGGGACCUGAUGACAUCGAGGACGUGGCCAACUACGUCUACAGCAAGGCUGACAAGUGGCUCGAGAAGUUCCAUGAUGUCAUGGGCCCGCUCAGCAAAACUGACCUCUUUGCGUUUUGGCUGUGGCCAGUGACACUUUGUAGCCUCCGUUUCAACACACAGGCAGACAUGUCCCGCGUCGCUGGCAUCGUGUGCGCCGCCUCCUUGGCCCUGUAUGGUGCCAGCUGCUUCAUCGUGCCUGCCACCACGCCUAAGGGUGCACCUCAGACGGAGGCGGGUGCUGUGUUGGGGCAGCCAAGCGCCAUCAGCAGCGCUGCUGAGUCAGCCUCCUGGAGCCCGCUUGCUGUCGGCGCAGCCCUGGGGCUCUUGAUGGCAGUGGCCACUGGCCGGCCUGCCCUGGCUGCGGACCUGGAGAAUGGUGAGGCCAUCUUCAACGGCAACUGCACUGCCUGCCACGCCAACGGCAACAACUCCAUUGUGGCAGAGAAGAAGCUGAAGAAGGAAGCUUUGGUCCAGUACGGCAAGUACGACGUCCAGGCCAUCAUGAGCCAGGUGACCAACGGCAACGGCGCCAUGCCUGCCUUCGGCGACAAGCUGGGACCUGAUGACAUCGAGGACGUGGCCAACUACGUCUACAGCAAGGCUGACAAGUGGCUCGAGAAGUUCCAUGACGUCAUGGGUCCGCUGAGCAAAACUCUCCUCUUUGCCGCGCGCGUUUUACAUGACAGGAAGGUGCAGGCUGUUAACGCGUUUUGGCUGUGGCCAGUGACACUUUGUAGUCUCCGCGUCAACACAAAGGCAGACAUGUCCCGCGUCGCUGGCAUCGUGUGCGCCGCCUCCUUGGCCCUGUAUGGUGCCAGCUGCUUCAUCGUGCCUGCCACCACGCCAAAGGGUGCACCUCAGACGGAGGCGGGUGCUGUGUUGGGGCAGCCAAGCGCCAUCAGCAGCGCUGCUGAGUCAGCCUCCUGGAGCCCGCUUGCUGUCGGUGCAGCCCUGGGGCUCUUGAUGGCAGUGGCCACUGGCCGGCCUGCCCUGGCUGCGGACCUGGAGAAUGGUGAGGCCAUCUUCAACGGCAACUGCACUGCCUGCCACGCCAACGGCAACAACUCCAUUGUGGCAGAGAAGAAGCUGAAGAAGGAAGCUUUGGUCCAGUACGGCAAGUACGACGUCCAGGCCAUCAUGAGCCAGGUGACCAACGGCAACGGCGCAAUGCCUGCUUUCGGCGACAAGCUGGGACCUGAUGACAUCGAGGACGUGGCCAACUACGUCUACAGCAAGGCUGACAAGUGGUGA